AUGAUCACUAGCCCUGAGUUGUCAGCGAUACCUCUGAAUCACAACACAAACUUGUGUUCGGGCCCGCACACCCUACCCUCGCACGCGUGCCUGCGUGAGCAGUCUGAGGACGCCGUGCUGGCCGCUGUUGUGAGGCUGAUUAGGGCGCAGGGCCUGCUUGAGGCCAAGUCCAUGGUGCUGGCGGAUGCAUCGGUGCUGCUGCGUGACCUGGCAUGGCUCUGGACCUCAGACGACGACGAGGCCGCAGAGGCCAGCGCCAGCGCCCUCGCCUCGCAAGACGCCGGGGCGCUCGUCGCCGCGGCGGCGGCCGCUGCUGCUGCCGCUGCGGCCCCUGUUGGGUAUGACGAGCAUCUCGGCCUGGAGGCGCCGCCUCGUUCGGGCGAUGACGGCGGCGACUCCCUAGGCAGCGGCCCGGCCGCUGCUCACCACGCAGGCGCGAGGGAUUCCACAAACGCGUCGGCUCUCGGGGACGCCAUCGCUGCUGCAGCGGGGUCGGCGCGCCGGCCGUCGCAGCAGCCAGCGACGAACGUCGACGUCCGCUUCUCUGUUACAGCGGAGCUCAGGUUUGGGGAGCAGGUGGCGGUGGUCGGGGACGCCCCGGAGCUGGGGGCGUGGUCCCCGGAAGCUGCCCGCCGCCUGACGUGGUCAGAGGGUCACGUCUGGACAGGAGAGGUCGAGGUGGCAGCUGCCAGGAAGUCGCUGGAGUUCAAGUUCAUCGUGCUGGGCGAGAGCGGCGCGGCGGAGCGCUGGGAGCCGGGGCAGAACCGGGCGGCGCCGCUGCCGGCCGCGGGCCACAGGCUGGCCGUGACUGCGGCUGCGUGGGGUGACUCUGCGUGCACGCUGGAGCUGUUGGCGCCGCCGCAGCUCCCGGAGCCAGAACCAGCGGUCGAGGCGGAGGCGGAGGCAGAGGCAGAGGCGGAGUCGGACUUGAUCAGCAGCAACGGCCGCAUCUCGCAGCAGCCGCAGGAACAGCAGCAUGAGCCGCCAGCCGCGGUGCAGGGUCAGGCGGCUGCGCCGCACCAUGACGGCCCGGUCGGUCAGCAGCGGCAGGAGCAGGACCAGGAGCAGGAGCAGGACAAGCAGCAUCAACAAGAGCAGCCGGAGCAGCAGCUGCAGCAGGAGCUGCCGCAGCAGGAGCAGCAGGAGCAGCCGCAGCAGGAGGAGCAGCAGGAGCAGCAGCUGCAGCUGCAGCACCAGCCGCAGCAGGGCGACGAGGCCGCGCUGCGUGAGCAGGUGCUCGAGCUGCGCCAGGACACCGCCAGCAUCGUAUCUGAGCUGGAGGCCUUGAGGGACGCCACCGCGCACCGCCUGGCGGCGCUGCAGGACGGGCAGAAGCUUCUCGCCCGCGUGGCGGCCACCCAGAUGCUCUCCACUGUCCCCGGCGUCGCGGGCCGCCGGCUGCGCGACCGCCGGCGGCGCGCGCGCGCGGCGCGGCUGGGGGCGAUCGGGGAGGAGCGCGCGGCGCUGUCGGCAGGCGCGCCGCGGGGGGAGUCGGGCGGCGGCGAGGACGAGCCCGGGGCUCUGCUGGCGCCGGAGGGGGGCGAGGGCGGCGAGGUGGUCGAUAACGAUGCGUGGCGGCGGCAGUGGCGGGCGCGCCGCGCGGUGAAGCGGGUGUGA